AUGGAGAGUCCAUAUCAUGCUACGCCGCCGAGUCACGGCGGGGGAUCUCGACCGUCUCUUGGCUUUCCUUUGGGUACAGCCCUCCUUUUGGUGGUGAUCUUCAGUCUUAGCGGCGUAUUUUCCUGCCUGUACCAUUGGGACAAGCUCCGUUCCCUCCACCGCUCCAACGAUGACCUAGAGGCAGAUGGUGAUCAAGGCCCCUCCAAAAUGAAAGUCCUCCGCAUGAAUUUGAAGCAAGAUAAGAACCAGAGCUUCCCAGUUAUUAUGGCUGGGGAUGAUGUUCCGAAGUUCAUAGCAAUGCCAUGUCCACGGAAGCCGCCGCUACCUGCGAAAAUCUCUGUUGAGGUGAAGAAGCCGGUUAAGCCUCCUCCAAUAGCAGUGCCUUUGUAUUAA